GCAUUAACAAACUGAUGUGUUCAAGAAACCCUUGCUCUGUCCGUUGGCUAACGUUAAUGUUACAGUGCUUUAAAAGUAUGUCAUUUAAAGUGUUGCGAGGGAGCCUGGCACACACGGUACAAAACAAUACUGUUGAAGUUAGCAAAUUAGCUCAUGUUAGCUAACGUUAACCAUGUCUUCUCCCAGCGAACUAGCUAACAUAAGACCAACAGGAUGUGAAGAUUAGCUAGCUUUAUCGCUAGUUAGCUGCGGUUAGCUGGCAGUCGCCCUGAGAAUUCAACGCGUUAGCUAACGUUAACGUUAACGGCUAGUUAACGUUGACCAUUCACUCACAAACCUUGUCCAUCAGUUUCCAGCAUUUCUCCACUGUCUUUUUGUCCACGGCCCCGGGCUGGUGAUGGGAGUGGAGGUGGUGGUGGUGUGGCUGGAAGGCAUCCUUCAUCAUUCCGAUGAGCCCCCCGCCUUUCUUCAGGUUCCCUGCCAUGUUCGGGCUCGGCUAGGGAUGGCCAGAGCGGCAGACAGACAGGGCAGGACAGGGGUCAGGGGGACCGAACCGCUGACUUCAGUUAGCUGGACCGGGAGAUGGUGAUCCGGCACCCCCCGGCGAGGACAGCGCCCGAGUGGCGAAUCCGAGCCAGGGUCCGAAUGGGGGGUAGAGGGGUGACUAUCGGAUAAACGCACCCAUCAGUAAACCUAACAUCAGUUUGUCAGAUAAAUGUCCCUAUUGUGGAUAAAACUAGCCCCUCAGUCACUCACACCCCGUGCAAGCCUCUCUGUGCUGCAGCUAGCUGCGCUGCUCUCUUGUCUCUCUCUGCAGGGACCCACGCAGGCUAAUUAACAGAGCACCAGACCUGCCUCUCUGUUCGCCCUCAGCUGGAGGACAAUGGCACCGUUUCUCUGCCCAGGAGCCUUGUGGACUGGAGUGUGUCCUCUCUCCUCUUGACACCACCCGAUGUCGUUUCCCUUUUUUUGUCAGCAGCAGCAGCAGCUCUUUUCGCCAGUGCUGUGUCUUGACGGGAAGUUCAGUGACUGUGUGACAGUGUCAGAACUCCUCUGCGGGCUGUGAGGCGCACACGACACCACUGACUGACGAGAGGAAGUUGCACUUAAAACUGCGAAAGCUUCAUGGGCAUACACAGGAGGACCAUGGGUGAAUAAAUAUUGUAGGAAUUAACAUAGCCCAGUAUUUUUCUUGUCCUCUCCAACCCGCUGUGACGUAUAUGCGCAGCCCUUUCCUGUACGUCCCCUUCCGUUCACCCCCCCAAACUCCACGCCUUCCAUGUGCGCGUUCACGAACUAUGAAUGUAGUCGGGUGCGCGCCUCUGUCUGUACAGCAUUCAUACAACGGUGAAGGGAUGCUGAAUGCAGCCUUGAAUUCUCGCAGCGCUGGCCUUGGUCACCCUGACCACAAAGGACGCUUUGACAUGUCUCAAUAAAAGUAAGGAUCCAAUUACAUAGUCUGUGGAUAUGGGCAGGGGUGCCCCAGUCAAGUUGUGAUUGGCUGUUGUUAAAGUCAAUCAACUAUCAAUCAAGUUAGACAGUCAGUGGCCAAGGCAACUCACACAGCAACCAGUACCAUGCAACAAAGGCUCACCCCCUGUAUGUAGUGAGAGAGUCCUGUGAGUGUGUAGGUCUGAACAGGCAGCUUCACAGCAAGCAAACAUGACUCCAAAGAAAAAAACAAAAAAGACCUCCAUGAAGAAACCAGAAAAAAGUGAAAAUGACUUAGAAGUGAAGUAUAAGCGCAGUAUUCUGGAUAUAGCCAUCCUACAGGAUCACAUUGCUUCACAGUGUGAGUCUGUAAUAAAGGUCCAGUCCGAUAGAUCUGACCUGUGGAGACGCAUGAGAGACAUGGAGCAGAAGCUGCAGCACGAGAGACAAGACCACAGGGAUGUCAACUCUGACCUCAGUCGCCAGUAUAAAACCAUGCAGCAAGAAGUGGCCAACAAGGUAAAGGGGCUGGAGAAGGAGGUCUGCCAGCUGACAGAAGAACUUGCUCUUUGUCAGGAGGAACUAAGAAAAGAGAAAAGAGAGCGCGAGCAGGUGGAACAGGAGAAGGGCGCCGCCAUAGCUGACCUCCAACACAAGCUGGACAAAAUGGAAACAGACUAUGAGAAGAUUCUGCACGAGACUCUAGACAGCCUAACUUCCCAGCUGUCUGUGACUCGACAGGGGCGGGCGGACAAGAACACAACCCUUCAUCAAAACUACAAGGAACUGCUCUCUGAGUUUGGCUUGAAUGCACUGGACAGCUAAAAAGAUAGGCCCCUUACAAAUGUGUCGCUCCUCUCGGCGAGACACAUUUGUUUAAUGUUGCAUCCACAACUUGAUUGUGUUUGAUCAGACCAUUGCAUCUCUGCAACUCAAAAUUUAGUAUGCCUAACACACCGAUGGAUGGAUGUAUAUAAUAUUUUGAGUUAUCUAUGCAAGUAUUCAGCAGUUCACCAUGUAGUGUCUGUAAUGUUGUGUAAUGCCCACUAGAUGUAGCAAAUGAGAUGGUGGCUUGAAUAUCCUUUUUUAAUAUUAUAGUAUGUAUUCUGUAUUUUAUAUGUGUAAAUACAUGGCAUACUUUGUUCUUUCUUUAAAACAAGACAUGCCUUAAAAGCCAAAUAAAAGUAUGUGAGGUCUACGCUAACAUUGUAUGAAAUGAAUGAUACUGUACUGUAGAUAAACAGCAGUAAAGACGAUCAUGACCUUACAACAUGUAGGCAUGUUAAGCAAA